GUCAAUGUCAAACACCGGCAAGUGUUUACGUGUUGACAUUUCUCACCCUCAGUAAAAAAAAGACUCAAAAACAACACAAAGCGAAUCUCGCCAACGCGAUCAAUGGAAACUUAACCCCCCAGACCCCUAUGACCUAGACUGCCACAAAAAUGGUAUUCAUGCGCUUGUAUCUCAGCCGGAAGUCCCGAACAAUACGAAUAGCAGCUGGAGUUUGCAUCCUGGUGAUGAUCUUGUACUUGUUGUCCACGUACAACAAAGACAAUAGUUUGAGUUUCGAGUCGCCGGUAGUGGCGAGGUUGACGCACCGCGAGCGGCCCAAACUAGUGUCAGGACUGGGGAAUUUUGAGCCUAAAGAGGCGGAAGAUCGAGAGGGCCCGGGUGAAGGGGGCAAGCCGCAUCACUUGAGACAGGACCAGCAGAACGACGCUGAUCAAUCGGAGUCGGAAUAUGGGAUGAAUGUGGCCUGCUCUGACGAGAUUUCUCUGGAUAGAACAAUCCUAGACACGCGAUUAUCCGAGUGUAGACAUUGGGACUACCCAUUGAACUUACCCACGACCAGCGUGAUUAUAGUUUUUCACAAUGAAGGAUGGUCUGUUUUAUUAAGGACUGUACACUCGGUUAUCAACCGGUCGCCCCCUCAAAUGCUCAAAGAGGUGCUCCUGGUAGAUGAUUUCAGCGACAAAGAAAACUUGAAGGGGCGCCUGGAAGACUACAUCGAGCAGUUCAAUGGGAAAGUGCGCUUGAUUCGUAAUUCGCAACGAGAGGGGCUAAUCAGAACUCGGUCCCGGGGGGCUAAAGAGGCCAAAGGUGAGGUUAUCGUGUUUUUGGAUGCCCAUUGCGAAGUCAACACGAACUGGUUACCCCCUCUCCUAGCCCCGAUUUAUCGGGACCGGACUAUAAUGACAGUCCCCGUGAUCGACGGUAUUGACCAUAAAACCUUCGAAUACCGACCUGUGUACGGGGAGGAUCGCCACUUCCGCGGGAUUUUCGAAUGGGGUAUGCUGUACAAAGAAAACGAGGUGCCACAACGCGAACUCAACACGAGAGCACACAAUAGUGAACCUUAUAAAAGCCCGACUCACGCAGGAGGGUUAUUCGCCAUAAACCGGGACUAUUUCCUGGAAUUGGGGGCCUACGAUCCCGGUUUGCUAGUCUGGGGUGGGGAAAACUUCGAGCUUAGUUUCAAAAUCUGGCAGUGUGGGGGCAGCAUCGAGUGGGUUCCGUGCUCCCGAGUGGGUCACGUGUACCGGAGUUUCAUGCCGUAUAAUUUCGGGAAACUCGCUCAAAAGAAGAAGGGGCCAUUGAUCACAAUCAACUACAAACGGGUUAUAGAAACCUGGUUUGAUGAUAAAUACAAGGAGUAUUUUUACACGCGCGAACCAAUGGCGCGCUUUUUGGACAUGGGCGACAUCACUGAGCAGUUGGCUUUGAAACAACGUCUCAACUGUAAAAAUUUCGAUUGGUUUAUGGAGAACGUCGCCUACGAUGUUCUGGAUAAAUAUCCAGAGCUUCCGCCGAAUAUCCACUUCGGGGAGCUGCGCUCAGUCGCUGUGACUAAGUGUCUGGAUACGUUAGGCCACGCCCCUCCGGCGUUAAUGGCCAUUCAGCACUGUCACGGGUUCGGUAACAACCAAUUAAUGCGGCUUAACGCGAAAGGACAACUAGGGGUGGGUGAGCGGUGUAUCGAAGCCGACGCUCAAGGUAUUAAACUGGCGUUUUGUCGUAUGGGAACGGUGGAUGGGCCAUGGUUGUACGACGAAAACACCCAUACACUUCUCCACCGAGUCCACAAGAAGUGUAUAGCUCUCCACCCACAAACGUCCCAUCUUUCCUUAAUGCCGUGUGAUAUAAACAACGCCUACCAGCAAUGGGUCUUCAAAGAAAUCAGGCCAAAAUGGUGAACCUUCCUCUACGCCCUCCUUCAAUUUUCGUUUUUUACAUAUCGUUUCCCGGAAGUACUUAUUACGUUUUCAAUCAGAAUGUGCCUUACUAUCGUGUAAAUACUUUGUAAUGAAGGUUUUUAUAUUGUAAAUUGGGAAUGGUUGACUAGUUGGUAGAGUUUGGAUGUACACUAAUUUAUUAUAAAUCCUGUCUUAAUUUUUUUCUUAUUGUUUCUACCGUUACAAUAAAAUUAUACGUAUAACGUAGAAGCUUGUAUUGUUGUUAUUUUGUACAUAAAUUAAAACCAAGUAUGAUUUCUUAA